GAUUUUUGUAACUUUGGGCUUUGAGUAGUAUUUCUCCGUAGUAUUGCUAAUAUUUUUUUUUAUUUUUAUUUUACAAAACACUGCAAAUGAUAUUUAAUAAACUGAUUGAUUGAUUGAAGAAUGUAAUGUUAGUAUUGGUUGUGAGUUGUCUAAAGAUCCAAAAUUCAAGCCACCAAAUACCAAUUCCUAAGACUACCGUCUUUACUUGCCUCUUCCUCACAAUGUCACUCAUUUCACGUUCUUGCAUAAUAUACGCCAAGUGCCGUUACAUUAUAAAAGAAAGAACAAUUUUUUGCACUCUACUUAUGUUACCAAACAUUGUUUUUCUUUCACAUUAUAUAAGACAUUGUUUAUUAGAGAAUGAAUAAUACAAUAAAGAUGGUACAAAAUUUGUUACUACUACUUCUACUUCCCAUCUUACUCCAUUGUUUUCCUACACUGAUCCAGGGAUCAAAUCAACAUGAAAGAAAGCCAUAUAUUGUAUACAUGGGAGAACUACCAGCGCCAAGAGCCCAUAUUACUAUGGAACAACGUCACCAUAACAUGUUGGAGGCUGCCAUUGGAAACAAGCUGUUAGCCAGAAAAUCCAUAAUACAUAGCUAUGGAAAGAGCUUCAAUGGAUUUGUUGCACGACUUUUGCCACACGAAGCAGAGAAACUGCAAGAGGAGGAGAAUGUGGUAUCUGUGUUUCCAAAUACAUACCAUAAACUACACACAACAAGGUCAUGGGAUUUCUUAGGAAUGCCCCUAAAGGUGAAGAGAAAUCCCAACAUAGAAAGUCACAUCAUUAUAGGCGUGUUAGACACAGGUAUUUGGGUUGAUUGCCCCAGUUUCAAUGAUGAGGGGUUUGGACCUCCCCCACGUAGAUGGAAAGGCAAGUGUGUACAGGGAGGCAACUUCACAGGCUGCAACAACAAGGUGAUAGGAGCAAAAUACUUCAACCUCGACCCAUCUGGUCCAACCAUCGAGAACCCAAGUCCGGUGGAUGAUCAGGGCCAUGGCACUCACACUUCGUCGACAGCAGCUGGAUCAGUGGUGAGAGGUGCAAGUCUUUAUGGCAUUGGUAAAGGCAAUGCCCGUGGCGGUGUCCCAUCAGCACGCAUUGCAAUGUAUAAAGUUUGUUGGACCAUUGGGUGCAGUGACAUGGACAUGCUUGCUGGCUUUGAUGAGGCCAUUGCUGAUGGUGUCAACUUCAUAUCAGUGUCCAUAGGUGGGCCGUCACGUGACUUUUUCUCUGACCCAAUUGCCAUUGGAGCAUUUCAUGCUAUGAAAAGAGGUGUUCUCACUUCUUGCUCUGCUGGAAAUGAUGGUCCUCGACCAAUGUCCGUUGAGAAUGUUGCUCCUUGGAUUAUGACUGUUGCUGCUUCCACUGUUGAUAGACAGUUUACAACACAAGUAGCAUUUGGUGAUGGAAAGAAAAUUAGGGGACUAUCUAUUAAUACCUUUACCCCCGAGAAAAAUAUGUAUCCACUGACUAGUGGAAGUCUUGCUGCUAACCUUAGUGGAGAUGAAUAUGGAAAUCCUAGUGGUUGUGAUUACGGGACUCUAGACAAGGAUAAGGUGAUGGGGAGGAUAGUGUAUUGUGCCGGGGGUACAGGCAGCCAGGACUUGACCAUUAAAGAGUUAGGAGGAGCAGGAACCAUAGUAGGACUUGAAGAAGACGAAGAUGCUUCCUACACCACAGUUAUUCCAGGGGCGUUUGUUGAUAUGUAUACUGUAGGCAAAAACAUUGAAAUCUAUAUUAAUUCCACAAAGAAUCCUCAAGCUGUUAUUUACAAGUCAGCAAGUACAAGAUUCCCUGCUCCAUAUCUUGCUUCUUUUUCAUCUAGAGGGCCUCAAAAAAUCACUCCCAACAUCCUCAAGCCUGACUUGGCUGCACCAGGAUUGGACAUACUAGCUGCUUAUUCCAAAUUGGCAACACUAACAGGGUACCCUGAAGACACACGUUUUGAAGUUUUCAAUAUAGUAUCAGGAACAUCAAUGGCAUGUCCACAUGCCAUUGCGGCUGCUGCUUAUGUUAAAUCCUUUCACCCUGACUGGAGUCCUGCUGCAAUUAAAUCUGCCCUCAUGACCACUGCAACUCCUAUAAAAGGCAACGACAAUUUCACAGAACUGGGAUCAGGGUCAGGACAGAUUAGCCCACUGAAAGCAUUGCAUCCUGGUCUAAUUUAUGACAUUAGAAUGAACUCCUAUAUUGCCUUCCUGUGCAAGCAAGGAUACAACGGCACUAGCAUUGGUAUCCUUAUUGGCAGCAAAAGUUUCAAUUGCAGCGGCGUUAAGCCUGCACCAGGAACUGAUGGAAUCAACUACCCUACCAUGCACAUCCAGCUCCUAAGUUCCAGUUCUAGUAUUUCUGCAGUUUUUUACAGGACUCUGACUAAUGUAGGAUAUGGAACUUCAACAUACAAGGCCAAAGUCACAGCACCUGAGGGUCUUUCUGUUAAUGUCAUCCCAGAUACAUUGAAGUUUACUAAGUUGCACCAAGACCUGUCAUUUAAGGUUGUCCUGAAGGGCCCUCCAAUGUCAGAUGAGAAAAUAACAUUAUCUGCAUUACUUGAAUGGAAUGACUCUAAACACAGUGUCAGAAGUCCGAUAGUUGUCUUUAAGCCAACAUUCUGAUACCAAAAACCGUAUUGGACUUAUUUCAUAAUCUAGGAAUUUAAGUUCAAGAGGUUUUUUCA